UGACAAUAACCAAAAAUGUAAUUUUGCCAGCCUUAUCUAUAAAAAUGUGCAAAGUAACUCACAAAAGAAAGAAAAAACUUUGAAAUACAAUGCAUUAGUUGGGUUUAGUGGUAAAAGCCUAUACAAGGGUUUUAAUAAUUACUUGCGUGCAAAAACAACAAUGCCCAGGCAACUGACACUACACAUACUUACCCAAAUGAGAGCAGUUCAUUGUGUGACUUAACAACGGAACACUAAUCAAUGAUUGGUUAGUUUAUAUAAUAGCGGUACUACAUCUCAUCAUAAGUUGUCUUAAGAUGCCCACCCGAAAUGACACAGUGAUGGUAAAAUAUAUUCUCUUUAACAGUGGUCUUCUUUUGUUGUUGUGUUUUACAGUUCUUUUUCCUGGCUCAGCCAGUCCUGUAUACCAGGCCCUGCUGAAAAUACCAUCCAACAGUUUUGUCUCCUGCAGCAAUUUCUCUCUCUUCAGUGUGCUUUUUUUAUUUGAAUGUUGUCAUUGUGUGUCAUGUCCUUUUGUGAAAGACUUUUUUUGGGGGUGGAUUUACUGUGAAAUGAUUAUAAGGUGUUUAUUUGUAAAAUGUGGCCAACAAUCAGUGUCAUAUUGCAAUUUAAAGAUGAACAAUUAUUUUGUAAUUGGACUGUGGUAGCGCAGGUUAACCAAACCAGUCCUCUGCCUAGGUUUGUUUAUUUGAUUGAUGCAGUGGCAGGUAAGGAGACUAGAAUAAUGGUGUAAAGCAGACACGCUACCCACCCUGAAUUCUGCUAUUGUCAUUUAGUACAUACCACUAUAUGCUCUGACAUUUGUGUUUUUGGUAAGUAAACACUAAUAGCUUGUAUAGUGUUCUUGCCAAAUCCCUAAAAUUCUCUCUGUUGUGUGUAUCUCGAUUUUUCUCUGUGUGCUUUUAGUAGCGAAGCCGCCAGCGUGAGUCGCUUGUUUCAGUAAACGUCUUAAUGAAAAUUGAGGGCUCACCCAACUGGAGAAGCAGCUGUGCUUGCUAACGUUUGGUUCAUGACUUAAAAAACACGUUCAGGCUCUAUUCCAGAUGAGGCUAAAGCUUUGUCACUGUUGGCGCCAGCAAACGCUGUUGCAGGAAUGAUGCCAGGAGGAGGACUUCUUCCAACGCCAAAUCCCAUGUCCAAUCCUAUGGGAGGGAACCCGUUCGGUGUUCCGAGCAUGGAUGCAAUGGCUGCGUUUGGAUUCCCAGGACACAACAUGAAUCCCCAGGCUGCUGAUCAGCUGUUAAAGUUCAUGACAGAUCCAAAAAUGAAUCCUUUGGCUGCAGGCUUGAAUAUGAGUGCAAGCCUGAAGGCGGACGCGUCUAAUAGAGAAAUCGAAGAGGCCAUGAAGAGAGUCAGAGAAGCCCAGUCGCUCAUUUCUGCUGCAAUUGAACCUGGAAAUAAGGAGAGCAAAAAGAAGCGCUCUCGGACGAGGUCCAGGUCCAGGAAGAGGAAAUCCAGAUCACGUUCAAGACACAGGCGAACCAGAAGCAGAUCAAGGCGACCAUCAAACUCCAGAAGCAGGAGGCGCUCCAAAAGCCCUCGCAGCAGGAGACACACCGAUGGCAAAGACCAAAUCAGGCCUUCUCCAAGCAGAUCCAGAGAUAGAAAGAAAGACGAUUCAGGGAGAAAAAGAUCCAAAACGCCACCUAAAAGCUACAGCACAGCCAGGAGGUCCCGCAGUGUGGACCGGAGACGCAGGAGAAGUCGAAGCGCCAGCCGAUCUCCUCCUAAAAAGUCUCCUAAAAAGAAGACUCCAUCUCCUCGAAGACACAAGAAGGAAAAGAAAAGGGAUAAGGAAAGGGACAGGGACCGCAAGAGUGAUAAAGAUCACAGUCGCGAGGAACGUGAACGCUCCACCAGCAAGAAAAAGAAAAGUAAAGACAAAGAACGGGAACGGGAGCGGAAAUCAGACGGGGAGAAAGGAGAUGUCAAGAUCACCAGGGAUUAUGAUGAGGAAGAACAAGGCUAUGACAGCGCGAAAGAGAGGGAGGACAGGAAGGAUUCUGACGACUCUGCUUUGUCUCCUCAGUCUGUAGAAGGCAACGGCACAGCGCGGCCUGUGAAGCAGGCCAAAGUUAAUGGAGCGGACGAUCACCAUGAGGAGGACAUGGAUGUCAGCGAUUGAGUAGUGUGUCCCUUUCUUGUUGUCCCUCUGUUUUGUUUGUGAACAUGUUAUGAC